AGCCACUUGGCUCACGCUAUUCGCGCUCGUUCUGAGUGGGCAGGGGGGCCGCGGCUACGAAUGCAGAUCAGAUGGAGCCUUUCAGGGAAGCUAUUGAGGCUGCACGGGAAGCCUAUGAGUCGCAGCCCCCCGUUACGAGGUGGUAUUUCUCGAUAUCCUGCGCUGUCUCGGCGCUGUGCUUUUCGGGCGUGCUGACUCCCGACCUUCUUUUCCUCAGCUGGCAUUUGGUCAUUUUCAAGAUGCAGGUCUGGCGCGUCCUCACGUGUUUCCUUUACCAGGGCGCACUGGGGCUGCCCCUGCUGUGGCACGCGUACGUCUCUGUGAUGUACUGCUCGCGGCUGGAGGGGGAGUCGUUCCGUGGGAGGCCCGCCGACUUCCUCUGGAUGGUGUCGGUAUUCGCCGGACUGUUGCUUCUGCUGUCGCUCGCUUUCGAGGAGUACUUCCUUGCGGGAGGGCUACACAACGCCAUCCUGUACCUGUUCUCGCGACGGAACCCCGGCGCGAGGCUCAGCCUCAUGAACGUCACUGUCCGGGCGCCGUAUCUGCCCUGGCUGUUUGCGACCGCCUCGCUGUUUAUGGGCGGCGACUUCCAGGACGACCUGAUGGGGAUUGCCGCGGGGCACGUCUACUACUACUUCGAGGACAUCUACCCGCUCUUGCCGUCGUCCAAGGGCGCCCGGGUCUUCGCCACGCCCAGGGCGCUGGCGCUCUGGUGCGGGCAGCGUGGCUGACGCCUCCGCGGCCGCGAGGCCCCGGCAUGCCCCGACGGCGAGGCGGGGCGCGAUGAUUCGCGGGGGUGAGAGCCUACAUCUUUAGCUAGGGAUUUGGGCUUGUUUUAGGCCUCCCAGAUGGGGACAUGCCCGACCUACGGCUGGACCGACGGCUUGUGCUCAUGCUGUUUGUUUAGUUCUCCUGUCGCCACCAGUUCUCAGGAGAUUCUGGACGAGCGAUGGCGAGAGGCGCGCCCGCGAGGCGCCCACGGGGUGCCCACCGGGCGACGCCUCGGAGCCUCGACCGGACCCCGCCAAGCCCCCGGGGGCACGCACGAGGCGCGCGCCCACUCGGGCCCCCACGAGGCGAGGCCUCGGCGGACCAGGCCAACACCGAUCCUCCUCCUCCUCCUCCUCCUCCUCCUCCUCCCUCCCCCUCCUCCUCCCGGCCUAGCCAACACGAACCACUGGGUGCAAGGGAACUGGUGUAGGAACUACCGUGCGUCUCAGAUGCGCGGCUCCGAUCGACUUGGAUACGAGCACGGAUGCGAACGGGCAUGCUGACCUGGAUCCGAGCCCCGAUCGGGGAAGGCCCGAGCGCACGCCGGGCACAGCGUCGCAGGCCAAGGGAGCGGCGGAUCGAGCCUCCGGCGAAUCACCGCAGCCCCUUGCCAUCCUGGGAACGCUUGUAGCCUGCGUGGUAAAGUGUCGAGCGAAGGUACGACCAUGCUAGUGGACUGCGUGAGGCCAUCUGGGAGGGGAUCUCCCACCCCUACGCGCGCUGGCA